AACAGAUCAUAAGCCCUGACACAUGCAUUUGACAAUUGUUUUGUUUUAUGUUUUUUUCUUAAAAAAAUUAAUGCAAACUUAUAUUGUUGAAUUUGAUAGCUGUUCUCUUCUUUAUUGCUUCUUCGUCUACAUUAAGUAAUUGACAUGUUUCUUUUGUUUUUUAACUACUCAUUUAUUUUUUGCAUGUGUGCGGGCGUGUUAUUGUGUUGCUCUGUUUUUUUUUUUUUUUGUCGCUCAUAUUUAAACUUACUGUUUUAAUUCAAGUAUUUAUUCUAGCAAUCGAAUCUGAUCACUUUUUGGAUGUGGGGUUUCGAAAUUAGAUUCAGUUAUGUACUUUUUGGGUUUUCCAGUGCGAAUUCAUAAUUAUCACCACAUUGUUGCAUGCUUUCCUUUUCACUUUGUUAGAUAUCUUGAUCUUGAUGUGGUGGUUGUGUGUGUGGGUGGGGGAUUGGAAUCUUUGCUCGGUGAAUGUGUUAUAAGGUUCAGUGAGAUCCCUUCUGUCCAAGGAGUGAUAAAGCUUGGGAUUGUGAACUACCAUUUUUAAUGAGUUACAAAUAGUGGUUCUGGUUUGAGAUAGACAGAUGAAGAAACUAUUCUUUUUCAGAUCUUCUUCCUCCACUGCUGGAAACAACAAUACUAGUUCUCCACCGUCUGCAGAUAAACAAGUUUACUGGGAGGCACCAUUCCAAGGUAAGCCAAACAAUCACAAUGAUGAUAAUGUUCAGUGUAAUUUUUGGAGCCUAAGGGGACUAUUGUCAAAAUCAGGAAAGCAAGCAUAUGAUAACCAGAGAACCAGCAACAGCUUGGGUCUUAGAAGGAGCCGCUCAUUGUCAUCAGCUGCCUUUCUUGAUGAUGGGAAGGGGAAGGGGAAUUUUCCUUGCAUAGAUCAAGCCAGAACUCCUCCUAGCAGUUCUAGUGGUGCUCAUCAGCAACAUGAUCGCUCAUCUCACAGGAACAAUCUUUUUCCUGAGAGGCGAGCCAAAACAAAACGAUUUGAAGUGGCAGCUACUGGCCUAGAGAGAUCUGGUUAUUCCAAUCCCCAUCAUUAUUCAUCAGGAAAUUCUACUUCUAGUAACGUCUCAAGUAAAGUUGUGGAUCGCUACAUUGAUGGAGAACAGCAGCAGGAAAUGAGCAAGCCCAAAAAUGGUUCACAGAGAAGUUUUAUUGGAAGCAGAAAUGCCGAUGGAAAACUUCCUCCACGAGUCCAAUACACAGCCCCUACUUCACCAAUGGAUAACAUCAAAGAUAAGCCCAGGUCUCACUCAUUUCGGGAAUAUGGAGGGACUCGGCAGAAGUUUUCUUCAAGAGAUUGGGUGGCUAAAGGAUUUGGCCAUGAAUCUCCACGGAAACUUGCAAGAAAUGUCAUGGAGAGACUCUCCCUGGGGCGUUCUUAUCCAAAAUCAAGUCCAAAGGAGUUCGCCUGUGAUAUUCCAAUCACAAUUGAAGAUGUCUAUGGUGGAUCAAUGAAUUCAUGUAUGGAUGUUCCUGCCCGAAAAAGUUACUCACUGGAGGAACCUUGUGAAACCAAUAAUGGGUACAAUGGUGAUGAUUUCUCAGGUUAUCAGAAACCAAAUUACUUCCUUGGAGAUGAAUUUGAGGAUAUGAACUCUGUCAGUAGAGAAGACAUGGUAGAUGUGGAAUUACAACAAAGAUCUAAGGAAGCUGAGGAGAGGAUUGUUCUUCUUUCUGAAGAGCUUGAGCAGGAAGGCUUUCUCCAAGAUAGUCGAUUUGAUGCUCCACUGUUGAUGCAGACUAUUCAGAGCUUAACAGAGGAUAAGUUAAGCUUGGCAAUUGAGGUUUCAGGUCUUCUGAAAUCUCGAAUUGCUGACAGGAAUUCUGCCAAGGAAGGUUUUCAAUUAGCAAAGGCAGAAUGGGAGGCAAGGAACCGAAGAUUAGAGAAGGAGAAGAAUGAAUUGCAGACAGCCUUGGAGAAAGAACUAGACAGAAGGUCGAGUGACUGGUCAUCAAAGCUUGAGAAAUGUCAGUUAGAAGAGCAAAGGCUUCGUGAACGGGUUAGAGAGCUUGCAGAGCACAAUGUUUCACUCCAGAGGGAAGUAUCUUCUUUUAGUGAGCGGGAAUCAGAAAACAAAAGUGUGAUAACAUAUUCCGAGCAACAACUCAGGGACCUGACCUCAAAGGUGGAGGAGGUGAGUGAUGAGAAUCAAGAUCUGAAACACAAUCUUUCUGAAUUGCAAAAGAAGUAUGCAGUGGCAGAAGAAGAUCAAGAUUGUAUUAAAAGGAAUUUUGAAGAGAAGAACAAGGAGUGCAAGGAUUUGCAAAAAUCCAUUACAAGAUUAUUAAGAACCCGCAGUGAUCAAGAGAAGACAAUUGAGGGUUUACUGGAAAACUUUAGUGAGGAAAUUGAAAAGAAGUCACCAUUGGACAAGUUUGAUAAGAAUGUGACACGAUUGCAAAUGGAGCAACUGAGGUUGACAGGAUUAGAACUGGCUCUCAGAAGGGAGGUGGAAUCUUGUAGACUUGAGAUUGAUUCCCUUCGUUAUGAGAAUAUAAACUUAUUGAAGCGCUUGAAGUGUAAUGGUGAAGAGAUUGGUGCUUUAACUUUCAAGCUAGAUAAGGAAAUGUGGACACGAACUUGCUGCCUGCAGAAUCAAGGAUUGUCUAUGCUGAAUGAGAGCACUCAGCUUUCUUCCAAGUUAUUGGAAAUCAUCAAAGGGAAAGUGGGCAGCCGCUUUCAAGAAAGUAAGAAGGGUAUGGAAGUUUUGGGGAAUGGUUUAGAUGAGCAGUUUAUUGUUGAAUCUGAUAUGAAAAUUCAGGGCUUUAAGCGUGGAACUGAAAGCUUAACAAGGAGUUUGCAGACAAUAUCUUGUUUACUUCAGGAGAAGUCCAAUCUUGGUGCUUCAAAAUCUCAGUCCCCAAGCAGUAAUGUCAAUGGCUCUGGGAAACUUAACCAUCAUAUCCCAGAGGAAUCUUUGAGAUUUGAACUUAAAGCUGAAACUUUGCUUACAAGUCUGUUAACAGAGAAGCUGUACUCUAAAGAGUUGGAGCUCGAGCAGUUGCAAGCUGAACUAGCAACAGCAGUGAGAGGUAAUGACAUCCUUCGAUGUGAAGUCAACAAUUCGUUGGAUAACCUUGCUUGUGUCUCUCAUCAACUGAAAAAUCUUGAACUUCAGAUGCUGAAGAAGGAUGAGAAUGUAGAUCGACUUCAAAGUGACCUCCAAGCAUCCGCAAAGGAAUUAGCAACAACUAGGGGGGUAUUGGCCAAAGUUUCACAGGAGAGAGAUAUUAUGUGGGAGGAAGUGAAACAGUUUAAGGAGAAGAAUAUGCUAUUGAAUUCAGAGAUUAAUGCAUUGAAGAAGAAGAUAGAGGCCCUAGAAGAAGAUAUUCUUCUUAAAGAAGGUCAAAUCACAAUCUUGAAAGACACCCUAGGCAGCAGGCCGUUUGAUCUCCUAGGUAGUCCUAGUUGUACACGAGAAUUCUUGCUAGAAUGAUUGCGAGGAAGCAACCUUUUCUUUUUGGUUAGGGUGUGCAGACACUGUCCAUAGUUUGAAAUUGUGUUCUUCGGGUUUCUUUACAUUUCUUAUACCUUUCCGUUUCUUUCCUCCAUUUCCUUACUGGAGGCUUUGAUGGCUAAAGGUGUUAAAAGGUUGGAAAAAUUCACACUCUGAUUCUUUGUGUAAUUGUAUGUAGUUGGGGUUUCCUUGUUCCUUCUCUUAUAGCCAUGAAUUGGUCUUAGCAAUUUUGAUUCUCUCUCCCGUUCUGAGUGUGUGUUUGUGGUUCAGCUUGCUCAGUGUGAUCAGGAGAAAUUGGUUCUGGUUCCAAUGUUGGUUUUAUCCCUCAACAAUUUGUUUCCAAAUUUUUGCUGGGAGUACAAUAUAUUUAACAUAGGAUUUUGGUG